ACCACUACUCCUCUCUCCCUCUCUCUCAGUAUCUCUCUCUGAGCUUUUCUCCUCCUCAUCCUUGCGAGGCGAGUGAUUUUUCAAAGCCAUCCACAAACGUCAAGUAGUCUGUAACCCCAUAGCCCUUAUUAUUAGUGGUAAAAAGAUUACACACUGAACUAAAACCCGCCACCAAGCUAGCCGGAGGCGCACGUACGGUUUUUUUUUUUCCAGCUUCGUAAUCAUACAAAAUACUGAUUUCAUUUUCCCCUUCAUCCCAUUUUGCCGGGGAAUCGCUUCGUCUCUCUUUAUCUCUCUGCUUUCCCCGGUUUUUUUAUCCAUGGCUGAAACCGGUCUAGUCCGGUUUCCGGGAAGCUUAGACCCCCGAGCUGAAGAGUUCACGCCCACAAAUCAACCGCUAUAUAGGCCGGCUCAACUGUUCUACCCUUACGCACCGACCAGCGGCGUUCAACUUCAGCCCCUACCAUUCUGUAAUGCUGCUCCUAUUGGCGUUCCGUAUCCGCAGUUCUGUCCCCCAGCGGCGUACGUUGGCCCUCUGGCGCCGCCGGCCUCGCCGUCGCCGUCCUCAUCUACCUCGCCCACGCGGUCGCUGCUGCUAAGCUCCGUGCCGGCGGAGGUGGUGAGCGAGUCGAUGUUAAGGAGGGAAUUGGAGGUGUUCGGCGAUGUGAGGGGGGUGCAGAUGGAGAGGGUUCGAGAAGGAAUAGUGACCGUUCAUUUCUAUGAUCUGAGACAUGCAGAGACGGCGUUAAUGGCGAUUCGGAGGCAGCACAUGCAGCAACAGACCAGGCUUCGUAAUUUCUAUUCCUCCGCGUUGAAGUCGAGCAAUUCGGCGUUAGAAUCGGAUUGUUACGCCCCGCCGCUGCCGCCACCAGCGCGUGGGCUGGUGGGUGGCCGUGCGGUCUGGGCCCAAUAUAUCGUCCCUCCUUACAACGCCGUUCCUCAAGGCCAAAAUCAAGGGACCAUAGUGAUUUUCAAUUUGGAUUCGGAUGUGUCUGCAGGGACUCUACGACAAACUUUCGAGGCAUUCGGUCCUGUGAGGGAACUGAGAGAUACGCCGUCGAAGAAGAAUCAAAGGUUUGUGGAAUUCUUUGACGUCAGAGAUGCGGCCAAGGCAUUGAGGGAAAUGAAUGGCAAGCAAAUUAACGGUAAAGCCGUUGUGAUUGAGUUCAGUCGUCCUGGUGGCCAUGGCAGGAAGUUCUUCAACCCACCUGCAAUCUCCAAAUACGCAAAGCCGUUUAAUUCCCAACCCCCUUCUCCUCCCCCGCCACCACCAUUUGCGCGCAAAAACGCACGUCGUUUUCCUCCUCCUCCUCGGGCUCAUCAUCUUCCUCAACCCCAAUUGUCGUCGAAGGAAUUAAUAGCAGGGAACAAGGGGAAUGAUAACGCUAAUCUGGAGAGUGUUAUCAAGAGUGUUUCUUUGGAAACGACAAUGUGUUUGGCGAAUUUGAGCGGGGAAGAAGAGAAGCAGCAAUCGGAAGAGCCUGCGGUGAGAAACGCCGCCGUGAAAAACUGCGGCGGCGAGACCGUGGCGGGAAGCACGAAGCAGCCGCAGCAACCCAGAAAUAGGAAUUGGAAGGGAAAGCAAGGAAAGAAGCAGGAAACUCGGUUUCUUAUUAAAGAAGAUGCGACUGUGGAAUCGAGUUGCAAAGAUUCCAGAACUACUGUCAUGAUCAAGAACAUACCCAACAAGUACAGUCAGAAGCUGCUAUUGAACAUGCUGGACAACCACUGCAUUCACUGCAACGAGCAGAUUUCCGAUGCCGACGACGACCAACCCAUCUCCUCUUACGAUUUCGUUUACCUUCCCAUUGAUUUCAACAACAAGUGUAACGUGGGGUAUGGGUUUGUGAACAUGACAUCACCAGAAGCGACGCUGAGGCUCUACAAAGCAUUCCAUCUUCAACAUUGGGAAGUCUUCAACUCCAGAAAAAUAUGCGAAGUCACAUACGCGAGAGUUCAGGGUUUGGAAGCGUUGAAAGAGCACUUCAAGAAUUCCAAGUUCCCAUGCGAGGUGGAGCAUUACUUGCCGGUGGUGUUUUCUCCGCCGCGGGAUGGGAGGCAGCUGACAGAGCCACUUCCGAUCGUGGGUCAGAAGCAACAAGGAGAAGCCAUUAAUGAUGAUGGUGGUGAGGUGGAGGGCGAGAAUAGAGGAGGCGGCGGCGGCAAGCAACAGGAUGACAUGCAGAGCGGCGGCGGCGGCAGCGAAAACGGCGGCGGGAUGGGUAGUGAUGACGAUGCUGACAGAAGAAGAGACGGUGAAGAAGUGGGAAGGGAUUUGACGAAUAGCUAAUCAGAGAGAUUGUUGUUGGCGAGCGAGCCUUAUCUGUAUAGCUAGCUAGUCCUCCUUCACUUUCUCACUCACCGGCCAGCCUACGAAGCGCUCUGAGUCAGAGCUGAGCCUGCUAUCCAAUGCUGCUACAGGCAUCUCUUCGGACUUUCUUCUCUGUCAUCAUCAUCAUCAUCAUCAAAGUAUUCAAAAAUUUUUAGGAGCAUCUGAGAUUCUUGGUUUGGCUCUUUUCUGUAGGAUUUUGCUCUUUGUUGUUGCAUCCUCCUCCUGGCACUGCAAUCUGGUUUUUAGUAAUUAUUAAUUGUUCAUGUUUUUUUUAAUGAAAAUUAAUUUGUUCAUGUUUAAUAUGAGUAGCGAAUUUCAAAGUUUUCAAGAUUUUUUCCCUUUUUUUUUCCCAUGUACUCUCAUGUUUCAAUGUAAUGGACA